AAGUAAAACCGAAUCUGACAUCACUACCUUCUAGUUGCUAACUCCAUGUAGCUGGCAAGUGGUUUGUUCUUAGGGUAGCAGAGGAGGAAAUUGUUCCCCUUCUGAUAAAACAGCAGUGAAGAGGGGACGCAUGCUGUUUCUUAGGGAUACGACUGAUUUGCAGAUAUGACCAUGUAUUUGUGGCUUAAACUUUUGGCAUUUGGCUUUGCCAUUCUGGACACAGAGGCAUUUGUUUCAGGACUGAACACCACUGAAAAUUCCAGGAUUCUGUUUCCAAGUAGCCCCUUACCUGCUCGCACCACUGCAUCCUCACUUGCAAGCACCUCUGAAAGAGAAAAUGACUCCUCAGAGACCGUGUCUCCUCCUAGUCCAGGUGUUGCAUCCUCUCAGACGCCUUACCUUUCCACGCAUGCCGACUCGCAGGCGCCCUCUCCCGGAGAAGCUGACCCUCAAACACUCAGCAGCAAGGCUGUGCUUACCACACUCACAACCGCUCUGGGCGGGCUUAAUGUUUCAGGUGUCCCUGAUGGGAGGAGUACAGCCAGCACCUUUCCUGCAGACACAGCCUUCCCCUCAACAGUCACCCUCAGACCUGCACACAACAGCUCUGCUGUCUUACCUGCAUACACCUCCAAUAUCAGCACCACAGACAACUCCUCAGAUUCCAACUCUAUAUCUACUGCAGCAUCCACUAUGAGCCUUCCAGCAAGCACUGUCCCUCCAGUUACAACAAUAGCUACUACACCUUUACCAACAUGUGAGGAAAAAUAUAAGACCAUCUCUGUGAAUUAUAUAUAUGACCACAAUAAUAGAUCGUUUACGGCAAAGCUAAAUGUUGAAGUUAAUGUGUCAUGUGACCCUGAUAAUUGUAAAUCAAAGUUGCAAGGUCUACAGGGAUGUUCCAGUAGCAUUGUUAAUCUAUCUCAUGUUUCAUGUACUAAUCCACCUAAAAGAUUAAAAUUAGAUGUGCCACCAGAGCCUAAAAUGUUUACGUUGGUUGAUUGUACACUAAAAGAAGUAGCAAAUAUUUCAAUUUGUUUAAAUUGGGAAGUAAACACAUCCUUUUCUUCCUUGCCUUGUGACCAAAAAAAAUUUACAUAUACAUUUAAAUGUGGUAAUAUGGAAUUUAAUCAAAGAACAGUGAACUUAGAAGGUCUUCAACCAAAAAAACCCUACAGUUGUAUAUCAGAAGUGUUUUAUAAUCACCAAUUAUAUACUAAUACAAGUAAACUUAUUGAAACAGAUCUUGGAAUUCCAGGGGUGCCUCAGAAUCUUUCUUGUUCCAGUAAAAGUGAAAAUGAAGGAGUAAUUACCUGGAAAUCCCCUAAAAGUGAAUUCACUCCCCAUGGAUUUGUUCUUUGUUAUAAGACCAAUUCAGAAAAAAACUGCAGUCACCUGAAUUGGACUGAAACCAAACAUGAUUUGGAAACUUUGAAACCCUUUAAACAAUAUGAUGUAUCCUUAUACGCCUUUGUCACUGCAAAAGUACAACGGAAUGGAAGCGCAGCAGAGUGCAAAUUUCAAACCCAAGCAGGAGCUCCAACUGAGGUCCAGAAAGUGACUGUCUCCCAGAUAGCAGACAACAGUAUAUCUGUCACAUGUAAACAACCUAAGGAGAUUAAUGGCCCCAACAAAAGUUACCACUUGGAAAUCAGAACUAAAGGUAGUCAAAUGGAAAAGAAAGGAGAAACAUGUGAAUUCCAUUUAAAUAAUCUUUACUAUUCAACAAAAUAUGAGUUUCGGGUUUAUUUCUACAAUGGGGUAUAUCGUGGACCUCCAGUUAUUAGGCAUCAAUCAACAUCUUAUAAUUCUAAGGCACUGAUUGCAUUUCUGGCAUUUCUGAUUGUUGUGACAGCAAUUGCCCUGCUUGUUGUCCUCUAUAAAAUCUAUGAUCUGCAAAGGAAAAGAUCCAGCAAUUUUGAUGAAGCACGGGAGCUUGUUGAGAGAGAUGAGGAAAAACAGUUGAUGAAUGUUGAACCAAUUAAUGCAGAUAAUUUGUUGGAAACUUAUAAGAGAAAAAUUGCUGAUGAAGGACGGCUUUUUCUAGCUGAAUUUCAGAGCAUUCCACGGGUGUUCAGCAAGUUUUCUAUCAAGGAUGCUCGAAAGUCUUUCAACCAAAAUAAAAAUCGUUAUGUUGACAUCCUUCCUUAUGAUUAUAACCGUGUUGAACUCUCUGAAAUAAAUGGAGAUGCAGGGUCAAACUAUAUAAAUGCCAGUUAUAUUGAUGGUUUCAAAGAACCCAGGAAAUAUAUUGCUGCACAAGGUCCUAGGGAUGAAACUCUGGAUGAUUUCUGGAGGAUGAUCUGGGAACAAAAAGCCACUGUUAUCGUCAUGGUCACUCGGUGUGAAGAAGGAAACAGGAACAAGUGUGCAGAAUAUUGGCCAUCAAUGGAAGAAGGCAUGCGGGCUUUUGGAGAUGUUAUUGUAAAGAUAUAUGAGCACAAAAGAUGUCCAGAUUAUAUCAUUCAGAAACUGAGCAUUACAAAUAAAAGAGAGAAAACCACUGGACGAGAGGUGACACACAUUCAGUUUACCAGUUGGCCAGACCAUGGGGUUCCUGAAGAUCCCCACCUGCUCCUCAAACUGAGAAGGAGAGUGAAUGCUUUCAGCAACUUCUUCAGUGGCCCCAUUGUGGUGCACUGCAGUGCUGGUGUCGGGCGCACAGGCACCUACAUUGGAAUUGAUGCCAUGUUAGAAGGGCUGGAAGCAGAGGGCAAGGUGGAUGUCUACAGUUAUGUUGUCAAGCUUAGGCGACAGAGAUGCCUCAUGGUUCAAGUGGAGGCACAGUACAUCUUGAUCCAUCAGGCCUUAGUGGAAUACAAUCAGUUUGGAGAAACAGAAGUGAACUUGUCUGAAUUACAUCCAUGUCUACAUAACAUGAAGAAAAGAGAUCCACCCAGUGAGCCAUCUCCUCUUGAGGCUGAAUUCCAGAGACUUCCUUCAUAUAGGAGCUGGAGGACACAGCACAUUGGAAACCAAGAGGAAAAUAAAAAGAAAAACCGGAAUUCUAAUGUCAUUCCAUAUGAUUUUAACAGAGUGCCACUUAAACAUGAACUGGAACUGAGCAAAGAGAGUGAGCAUGAUUCAGAGGAAUCCUCUGAUGAAGACAGUGACUCAGAAGAAACAAGCAGAUAUAUCAAUGCAUCUUUCAUUAUGAGUUACUGGAAGCCAGAAAUGAUGAUUGCUGCUCAAGGACCAUUGAAAGAGACCAUUGGUGACUUUUGGCAGAUGAUAUUCCAAAGAAAAGUCAAAGUUAUUGUCAUGUUGACGGAGUUGAAGCAUGGAGACCAGGAAAUCUGUGCUCAGUACUGGGGAGAAGAAAAGCAAACAUAUGGAGAUUUAGAAGUUGAUAUGAAGGACACAACCAAAUAUUCAACUUAUACUGUCCGUGUAUUUGAAUUGAGACAUUCCAAGAGGAAAGAUCCUAGAACUGUGUACCAGUACCAGUAUACCAACUGGAGUGUGGAAGAGCUUCCUGCAGAACCCAAAGACUUAAUUUCCAUGAUCCAGAUCCUCAAACAAAAACUACCCAAGAAGACUUCCACGGAAGGGAAUAAGUACACCAAGAGUGUGCCUAUCCUAAUUCACUGCAGAGAUGGAGCUCAGCAAACAGGAAUAUUUUGUGCCUUGCUAAAUCUCUUGGAAAGUGCAGAAACCGAAGAGGUAGUUGAUGUUUUCCAAGUAGUGAAAUCUCUACGAAAAUCUAGGCCAGGAAUGGUUUCCACAUUUGAGCAAUACCAGUUUCUAUAUGACAUUAUUGCCAACACCUACCCUGCCCAGAAUGGACAAGUAAAGAAAAUCAACAAUCAAGAAGAUGAAAUUGAAUUUGAUAAUGAAGUGGACAAAGCAAAGCAUGGUGCUAAUUGCAUUCAUCCAUCUGCUGUCCCAGACAAUACCCACCAAGGAAACAAAGAGGUGCAAGGUGCUGAAUCCACAAGUGGCACCGAGGGACCAGAACAUUCUGCCAAUGGUCCUGCGAGUCCAGCUUUAACUCAAAGUUCAUAGGAAAAGACGUACAUGGGGCCAUUGCAAAGCCUGGCCCAGCUGUUAUCUGUGUUUCUAGAAGUAAGAGGGAGAAAUAGGAAGACAGUGGACUGAGGAAGUGCACUGGACCAACGUUUGGGGAAGGGUUCUAUUUUACCACUGUGGAAAAACAUAUUUAAACCAGUUUUGCUAAAAUGUUUUGUACAGUGUUAUGCUUAUUUUAAAGUAUUAUCUAUUAUUCAGCACAAACAACUUCUUGGUAGUCUUCAUGUGUGUCUGUAUCUGAAAAAAAAAAAAAACACCCUUUUAAUU